GACUACGCCCAAGUGGUGAGAGCAUCACUGCUAUGCUUCUUGCCUGGAAACCCAAUGUCUUUAUGAAGAGUGGGUCGGUGCGUGUGAUUCGCCUCAUGUCAUUGCGGACCGACAUUGCCGUGCUCCUGCCUCAGGACUAUGACCAAGUGGUUGAAGCUGCCAGGCAACAGUUUCUUCAGCGCGCGUCAAGUCAUGCUGGCAAUAUAGCCCCCCUCGCACAGAAGGGUGAUAGCAGCAGCAGAGGGAACAGCGGGGGUUAUAGGAACAAGUCCAGCUACAGGCAGGAAAACAGCAGGCGAAAGCGCGGUACAAGUGAAACUGAGAGCAGCCAGGUGGCAGUUUUUUAUUGGUUCAGAGACCGGGUUCUUCCACAGUGUACUGAGCAUGGCAUAUCAAGGCAACAGCUGGAACGCCUCUUAUCGAAUGCUGGCAAAUCACGCGUGACAGACAGUCACAUCUGCAUUCUCGUGCAAGCAGGGUUGCUGGUUGCACAGGUGGCACAUGUUGAUUCGUACUGGUUCUCGCUUCCUAACAUUGGCUCAUUCACCCAGCAUCUUACCAAG